AUGAACGAACACGUGUCCUGCGUCAGAGGCUCGGGCGGCCGGCGGGCGGUGUCAGUGACCCCGGGCGCGCUGCAUCCCCCGUGCCCAGGUGCGGCGAGCUGGCCGCGCGCCUCCUGCUCGGUCGUCGACCCGCCACCUCCCCCCCGCCGCCCCCGACCUCUUGUACUCGUCCCACUCACACAUGACAAUGAUUUUUGGUUAUUGCGAAUUCCGAUGCGAAACUAUCAUCCACCGAGUCCGUCACUCUUAGGAGUACGUGCUUUA